AGGGGUAGCUACCGGCCCAAACACCGGCCGUCUGGUUGUCCAUUUAAUUGCCAUUGUUCCCGUCCUCUGCUUCGCUUUUUCUUGUUCUUUUUCCAACACAACCACAUAUACACACACUCACAUACACACAUUUCUCACUUCACAAUGGCUUCCAACCCUCCCGGCAGCUGCUGCAACCUUGGUACCCUGCACGAGGGAACCCCCUCUGGCCAGGACAUCAAGAUUGCCGGCACCAUCGACGGCUACCUCGCCACGGCGCCGGAGGACAAGGCGCACAAGAACACUGCCAUCCUCUACCUCCCCGAUGUCUUUGGUAUCUGGCAGAACAGCAAGCUCAUGGCCGAUGCCUUUGCCGAGAAGGGAUACACCACGCUUGUCGUUGACUUGUUCGAUGGCGACACUGUCCCCUUCAACAAGGAGGGCUUUGACUUCAACGCUUGGCGAUUGAACCACACCACUGACCACGUCGACCCUAUUGUCCUCAAGGCCAUCCAGCACCUCAAGGAUGCUGGUGUGACCAAGAUUGCCGCCGUUGGCUACUGCUUCGGUGCCAAGUACGUCGUCCGCCACUACAAGAGCGGCAUCAACGUCGGCUACCUCGGCCACCCUUCGUUUGUCGAGGAGGCCGAGCUUGCUGCCAUCACUGGCCCUCUUGCCAUUGCUGCCGCCGAGACCGACUCCAUCUUCACCACCGAGCUCCGCCACAAGUCCGAGGAGAUUCUCAUUGCCACCAAGCAACACUACCAGAUCAACCUCUACUCCAGCGUUGCCCAUGGCUUCGCUGUCCGCGGAAACAAGGAGAACAAGAUUGAAAAGUACGCUAAGGAGCAGGCCUUCCUCCAGGCCGUCACUUUUUUCGACAACUUUCCCUUUUGAGCAGCUCGCGUUGGCUAAACUAUGACGAAUAUCAAAACGGAGAAUAGGCAGCGCGAGAGUGUGCAACGACAACAAAGACAAAGCAUGUAGAGAGACACGGGCCGCUUAAGUAGAAUGAAUGGUAUAAUAUCCUCUGCAUGAUAUAAAUUACAUGAUUAUAUCCACAUUUGUUAUAUUGACUGUGCAUAUAUGCAUGUCCCCAGACGAUCUGCAGCCUCGUCAUGUAGAAAGGCUCUUGGCUACGAGGUGACAAACACCACUCCAACAGCAACGCACCAGUACGCACUUUUAUGUGAAUAGUGGAAUUAUUUACAACUAAUGGCAAUUGUACUUACCAGUUAUUUUAAUUUGUCCAAUAAACAGCCUUGUAGGCUUUUGACGUGC